GCCACUGUCGGGUGGGACCCCCCUACAAAUUUUGAAAUGGGCCCCUGAGAAACAAGCUACGUCACUGGAUCGUGCACUAUAUACGACAGUUGUGUCACAGUUUCUACUUAAAGAAUAUAUUUCUCCGUAACGAAUUACUAAAUCUACUGGGCUAUUACAAAAUUACAGACACUCCCAACUAGAUGGGAUGACACGUUGAUAUUAUGUUAUAUAAAGAAUGCUCGUAUCGUGUUGUUUUCUUUAGUACUGCGUGAAUGGUAUCCAGUUGUAGCGUCUGUGUAAAAAUGACUCUUACUUUGUACUAUAUCGAAGCUAGCCCUCCGGUAAGGACUACUUUGAUGGCAAUCAAGGCCUUAGGGCUUCAAGUGGAGACAAAAAGAGUUGAUUUGCCAGGUGGGGAGCAUCUAAAGCCGGAGUACCUCAAAAUUAACCCCUUACACACGGUUCCCACAUUGGUGGAUGGUGAUUUUAUUGUUUGGGAUAGUCAUGCUAUAAACUGUUACUUGGUCGACAAAUAUGCGAAAGACGACUCUCUCUAUCCCAAAGACUUACAAAAGCGAGCAAUUGUCAACCAAAGACUGUUUUUCGAAUGUGAAGUUCUAUUUAACCAGUCAUUUACAGUACUUGCUGCUAUUCUAAGACAUGGAGCCAAAUCUGUCACCAAAGAGCAUGAAGAUAAGGUUUUGAGCGGAUAUGAAAGUCUAGAAAAACUCCUGAAACUAUCACCCUUCCUUGCUGGCAACAGCGUUACCAUUGCUGAUUUCUCUGCUGUGACUACAGUUACUUCUAGCAGCAUUUUGAUACCAAUAGUAGCUAGCAAGUUCCCGAAAAUCGCAGCUUGGAUUAAAAAGAUGGAAACACUUCCUUACUACAAAGAAGGCAAUCAAGAAGGGUUAGAUAUAUUGGACAAAUAUGUCAAGGAUAAAAUCGCGUCAAAUUAAAUUACAUACUAUUGUUUUAUUUGUUCAUAUUUAUAUGCACCAUCUAUUGUUGUAUUCAAUCACACAAAGAUUGUUUCAAAGUUCACACCUAAUGUCAAUUUUUCAAUAUAUAUUUUCAUCAUCAUAUUACCGAUCCUUUUUGACCUAUUCGUACUGUCUCACUCGCCUUAUCUACCUAGUUAACCAAAAGUAAAGGCUAUCAAUAGUACAUACUCUGGCUCAAAAAGGUAUGUUUGCUUUCAGUCUUUCUGUCCAUAACCAACCGUAUACAACGUUACUUUAUGCUUUUGACAAUCAUCAGUAUGAUAUAAUAAUAAUAAAUGGCCUUUAUUCGUCACAUGAUUACAAAAUAAUUGACUUAAUAGGAAUAGUGGCGCAACUUUAGUCGCGUCUCAGAUAAAAUCAAAGAACUCAAC